AUGUCGCCCUUCAAUCUUCAAACCUGCGCGAGGCCUAAUAUCCUCGCCCUCGAGCCGUACCGAUGCGCGCGAGAUGACUACAAGGACGACGGCACAAACAUCCUCCUGGAUGCCAACGAGAACGCCUGCGGGCCGCCCUUGACGGCAACCGCUGUGUCCACCGCGUCAAUGGGUGCUGGCGCCGAGAUCGACUUCCUAGGUCUGCACCGGUAUCCGGAUCCGCACCAGCGGGAUCUGAAACAGUUGCUAUGCGACCUGCGCAACACUCACGUCCACACGGACAAGACCAUCACGCCGGACAACCUGUUCGUCGGCGUCGGCAGCGACGAAGCCAUUGAUGCGCUGCUGCGAUGCUUCUGUGUGCCCGGUCGGGACAGCAUCCUGGUCUGCCCCCCGACAUACGGCAUGUACUCGGUGUCGGCGCAGGUAAACGACGUUGCCCUAGUUAAGGUGCCGCUAUUCCCGGCGCCCGGGUUCGGCCUUGACGUCGCUAAAGUGAAAGAGGCGCUAUCGUCGGAGGAACACAUCAAGCUAGUAUAUCUGUGCUCACCCGGGAACCCGACGGGGUCGCUUCUCGGCAAGGAGGACGUAAGAGCUAUCCUGGAGCACCCGACGUGGAACGGCGUAGUGGUCCUCGACGAGGCGUACGUCGACUUCGCGCCAGCGGGUACAUCCCUGGCCGAGUGGGUCGCCGAGUGGCCGAACCUCGUCGUCAUGCAGACGCUGUCUAAGGCAUUCGGCAUGGCAGGCAUCCGGCUCGGCGUCGCAUUCGCCUCGCCGCCCGUCGCGCUCUUACUCAACAGCCUCAAGGCGCCGUACAACAUUUCGAGCCCGACGAGCGCGCUCGCGUCGUACGUCGUGUCGCCCGAGGGCCUCGCCGCCGUCUCUGUGAACAAGGAGAGGCUGGUACGCCAGCGCAACAGGCUGCUCGAGGCGCUGCCGAAGAUCCGGGGCGUCGGGCGGCUGCGUGGUGGCAUCGAUAGCAACUUCCUCCUGUUCGAGAUGCUGAACGCCCAUGGCGACCCGGACAACGCGACGGCGCUCGCCGUAUACGAGACGCUCGCCGAGAACAAGGGCGUCGUGGUCCGGUUCCGGGGCAAGGAGCACGGCUGCCUUGGCUGCCUGCGGAUCACAGUCGGCACCGAAGACGAGGUUACGAGGUUCUUGGCUGCCCUCAAACAAACACUGGCCGAGGUCAACGGGGAGGGAUUGCCGGCGUCGGCAUAUGAUCCUCUGAAAGAAACAAAAGCGAAUGGCGUUGUAGCAUAG